GCUUUCUCUCUCGGUCUCUGUCUCUCUCUGGUGAGUACAUGUGCCAGCUGGCAAUUAAACGUGCCUCAAAGAAGCCUCCUGCUCUGGAAUCCUGAGGCUGGGCCUGGUCGGCUGGAUUCCGUGUCCCCAUGUAGUGACUGGCAGACGGCCUGCUGGUAGAUACUGUGAAUGCCACCAGGGGGCCCCAUUCGGGAUGGGCCACUCGGAAGUCAUCGUCCAUCAAUAGCCUGGGGCUGCAGGUAACCAGGACACUGGGUCUCAUGGGACACCAAUUGUAUGAGGGCUGAUUGGCACCAGGACCUCAGUGGAAUGGGUUGCCAUAGAAACUGACCUGCCCUGUCCUCAGGUGCACUGACCUGUCCCUCCGGAGGCCCUGAGGAUCCACUGGGCUGCUGAGCAGGUCUCCCCAGGGUCUCCCUAGCCCCACAUGCCCUGAGCUUGAUGGUCCCCAGGGAGCAUGCUGGCCACACCCCCAUGUGAGCUGGGCAGCCUGAGGCCCAGAGGGUGCAGGGACUGAAGCUCUUAUGGGCGAGCGGGGGUGAUUCUGGGCUUGGCGCUGAGCCAGAGCCUUCUCCGGCCAGACAGAGGGGGCUUUGCCCAUUCACGGGUUUUCAGAGGAAAUGCUGGACAGAUUCUGAGGCCUUUGGGAUCCACUGGAGAAUAACCAGACGCCGUCUCACCAGUGUGUCUAGGAUCAUGUGGUCUCAGUAACAGCUGGCCUGGUGGGGUGACCUGCCACGUGUAUACCUUGUUCAAUGAUCGCAAGAACUGGGUCACUUACAGAUGAAGAAAUGAGGCCCAGACAGAAGUUCAGCUGCCCGCCUGAGGUCGCAUAGCAGAUUAGGGUCCCAGCCGAUGACCGUGUCUCCGGAGUCUGACUCCAGUGCCCGCCUUGCCGCCAUGCCAUCCCUUCCUCACUCUCACUUGUAAACCUCUUUGGGAGGGUCAAGGCUAUGUCAGGCCUGGGAGGCUCUUAGCACGGGGCUGCCAGAGUGGGAGGCUGAUGAAGAGGGACCCAAGAGUGACAGCCAGUACGUCUGCCCCUUCUAAUCUCCCUCAGCACAGCACUAAGUCUGCUUUGUCCCCGCUCUGCAGAUGAGGACGCUGAGGCCCAGAGGGAAGUGACUUGCCUGGGGACACACAGCAGGGAGAGGUGGAGGAGGGCCUCCAGUCCAAGGCCUCGGACCGCACACCUGGUGUUCGUGCCAAGACCCCAGGCUGCCUCCCAGGACGUCUGGGACAGCCCUGCCUUCCGCCAGACAGGACCAUGGGCAGCAACAAGAGCAAGCCCAGGGACGCCAGCCAGCGGCGCCGCAGCCUGGAGCCCGCCGACAGCGCCCACGGCGUCCCGGGCGGGGCCUUCCCCACCUCGCAGACCCCCAGCAAGCCAGCCUCUGCCGGUGGCCACCGCGGCCCCAACGCACCCUUCGGCCCCGCAGCCACGGAGCCCAAGCUGUUUGGAGGCUUCAACUCCUCGGACACUGUCACCUCCCCGCAGAGGGCCGGGCCGCUGGCUGGCGGAGUGACCACUUUCGUGGCCCUCUAUGACUAUGAAUCACGGACGGAGACCGACCUGUCCUUCAAGAAAGGGGAGCGGCUCCAGAUUGUCAACAACACGAGGAAGGUGGAUGUCAGCCAGACCUGGUUCACAUUCCGAUGGCUGCAAAGAGAGGGAGACUGGUGGCUGGCCCACUCGCUCAGCACCGGACAGACGGGCUACAUCCCCAGCAACUAUGUGGCGCCCUCCGACUCCAUCCAGGCCGAGGAGUGGUACUUCGGCAAGAUCACCAGACGGGAGUCAGAGCGGUUACUGCUCAACGCAGAGAACCCGAGAGGGACCUUCCUAGUAAGAGAAAGCGAGACCACGAAAGGCGCCUACUGCCUCUCGGUGUCGGACUUUGACAACGCCAAGGGCCUCAACGUGAAGCACUACAAGAUCCGCAAGCUGGACAGCGGCGGCUUCUACAUCACCUCGCGCACCCAGUUCAACAGCCUGCAGCAGCUCGUGGCCUACUACUCCAAGCAUGCUGACGGCCUGUGCCACCGCCUGACCACUGUGUGCCCCACGUCCAAGCCGCAGACGCAGGGCCUGGCCAAGGACGCCUGGGAGAUCCCGCGGGAGUCGCUGCGGCUUGAGGUCAAGCUAGGCCAGGGCUGCUUCGGAGAGGUGUGGAUGGGGACCUGGAACGGCACCACUAGGGUGGCCAUCAAAACCCUGAAGCCAGGCACGAUGUCUCCAGAGGCCUUCCUGCAGGAGGCCCAGGUCAUGAAGAAACUGAGGCACGAGAAGCUGGUGCAGCUGUACGCGGUGGUGUCCGAGGAGCCCAUCUACAUCGUCACGGAGUACAUGAGCAAGGGGAGUUUGCUGGACUUUCUCAAGGGGGAAACGGGCAAGUACCUGCGGCUGCCUCAGCUGGUGGACAUGGCUGCCCAGAUUGCCUCCGGCAUGGCAUACGUGGAGCGGAUGAACUACGUCCACCGGGACCUCCGCGCGGCCAACAUCCUGGUCGGGGAGAACCUCGUGUGCAAGGUGGCUGAUUUCGGGCUGGCUCGGCUCAUCGAGGACAACGAGUACACAGCCCGGCAAGGUGCCAAAUUCCCCAUCAAGUGGACAGCUCCGGAAGCCGCCCUGUACGGCCGGUUCACCAUCAAGUCAGACGUGUGGUCCUUCGGGAUCCUGCUGACAGAGCUCACCACGAAGGGGCGGGUGCCUUACCCUGGGAUGGUAAACCGCGAGGUGCUGGACCAGGUGGAGCGGGGCUACCGGAUGCCCUGCCCACCCGAGUGCCCCGAGUCUCUGCACGACCUCAUGUGCCAGUGCUGGCGGAAGGAGCCGGAGGAGCGGCCCACCUUCGAGUACCUACAGGCCUUCCUGGAGGACUACUUCACAUCCACCGAGCCCCAGUACCAGCCCGGGGAGAACCUAUAGGAGCAGGCGGGGCCGCACUGGCUUCUCUGCUCCGAUCCUGGGCUGGGGGCGCCUCCCGCAGGGUCUUGCCUCCCUCUGCCCACCCACUGUUGAGCCUUCCUCUGUGGGCCUGAACUGCCAGCCACCAGACCCUCCCCUGUGUGGCAUGGGAGGCCUUUGGGGCUGGGCCAGCCAGGGAGGGUGAGGCUGCGGACGCAAUGG